GAACGUCGCUUUGUCUCCCCCGCUCUCGCCUUCUUCGCUGCAUCCGACGGCAUUGUGAAUGAAAACCUCAUCGAACGUUUCUCCAAUGAGGUCCAGGCUGCUGUGGUCUGGUGCUUCUAUGGCUUCCAAAUCAUGAUGGAGACCUACUCACUCCUCAUCGACACUUACAUCAAGGAUUCUGCUCAGCGUUCCACCUUUGGUGAGCGCUUGGUCGCAUUUGCUGCCGUCGAAGGCAUCUUCUUCGCUGGCUCCUUCACGACCAUCUUCGGGCUGAAGGCACACGGUCUGAUGCCUGGUCUCAUGUUCUCCAAUGAGUUCAUCAGCCACGAUGAGGGUAUGCACACU